AUGCCUUCAUACGCAUCGAUCCAAUGCGACCCGAUAUCAGAAUUUAUUCGGACUUCUGCGUCGAUCAUCGGAGAUGCGGAGUGGUGGGCUGCGAUCGGACCGGAGACUGCCCAUCGGGCGUGCCCCUACCGUGGAAAUGUCUGGACCGUGAGUUUCGACCGCUCUAAAGUCCGAGUCCAUGACGCUGACGUGCAGCACGAACAGACAAAUGUUACGUCGAAAACUGUUACAAAACCAGAGAUAAGCUAUGCGGGUACUGUCCAGACCACCGAUGUCGAGUAUCGAGCUGUUUCGAGAGACGAGUUGUUGACUCCGAAUAUUGCGUUGAUCACGUUUCGAAGAUAUGUCGAGAGCUAA